CAAUACCCCCCUCUUCCCUUUCAACUUUCCAGGAAGCUUCAUACCCAUUGAUUCAUCCAUCUUUAUUUAACACUAAACCCCCUUUCUCAACAUCUCACUCUUCUCUUCAUUCUUCUCUCUUCACAUCAAUUAGACACUGUUCUCGCGAAUUUGCUACCAAAAACUUGUUUAUUCGCAGCUAAACUGCUACCAUGGACAACAACAACAGCAAUGAGCAAUCGUUUUGGCAAUUCAGUGACCAGCUUAGGGUUCAAGCAUCUGGUUUAGCAAAUCUGUCACUGAAUGAUUCAAUUUGGAGCAACAAUUACACUUCCAAGAGACCUGAUCAGAGAAGAAACUUUGAUGCAAGUGGUGUUAAUGGUGUUGUUGAUCAUCAUCAUCAUCAUGUUAACAACAACUCCUUCACCAACUUCAUCUCAAAACCUAACUCUGAUUUCAAUGAUGGUGGCUGGAAGAUGAUGAACACUUCUUCCAAUUCCAGUAAUGGGUCCCUUUUCUCCAUGCCUCACAACAACAACAUCAUCACCAACAAGGGGAUUUACUCCAACACCAACAUCAACCUUGACAUGAAUAAUAAUCUCAAGGGUUACAAAUCUGGGUUUAAUUUUAAGGGUGGUGAUGAGUUUUACCCACCCAAAAGUGCAAGGAAGAACACCAAUAAUCACAACAACAGCAGCUACAAGCAUGGGGACAACAACAAUAGUGAUGUGACCAAAACUGGGGCUGAGAAGAGGUUCAAAACGCUGCCACAGUCGGAGUCUCUACCUAGGAAUGAAACUGUUGGAGGCUAUAUCUUUGUUUGCAACAAUGAUACCAUGGCUGAGAAUCUCAGAAGACAGCUUUUUGGUCUGCCUCCACGAUACCGAGAUUCAGUUAGAUCAAUAACUCCAGGGUUACCUCUUUUUCUGUACAACUAUUCAACCCACCAACUCCACGGUAUCUUUGAGGCUGCAAGUUUUGGAGGAACCAAUAUUGAUCCAACAGCUUGGGAGGACAAGAAGUGCAUUGGUGAAUCUCGUUUCCCUGCUCAGGUACAAGUGAUUACUAGGAAAAUUUGUGAGCCACUGGAGGAGGAUUCUUUUAGACCAAUUCUUCACCACUACGAUGGCCCCAAGUUCCGUCUAGAGCUGAGUGUGGCUGAGGCACUGUCUCUCCUGGAUAUCUUUGCAGAUCAGAAUAGUUUCAAUGAUGUUUUCAAAGCUAUACCGGCAUAAAAGGGUAGAAAUUGCAGAGAAUACAAGGAAAAGUAGUAAUGAUAAAAAUAGAAAAUGAAAACCAAGGAUUUCUAAAGAGGGUCCAAGAUAAGACUAUGGAUAUAUGGAGUUGACGAUUGGAUAUUCAGCCUAUAUAUGUAUCAAUGUAUGUGUUGUAUAACUAUUUGUACAGAAGUGGCUGUUAUGCCUAAUUGCCCAUUUUUCUUGUUAUGGGUGUGUAUGCAAUUCACAUAAAAGAAUACAAUAAGAAUGAACUAUCUUGCUUAUA